CAAAGAUGAAAUGUUGAGAUUUUAGUAUUCAAUGACCUUGCUUUUCUCCUUGCAAACAUUUAACGACCAAACUAGGAAAUAUCAUCAGUGCUUUACAGGAACGACAGACGACACAUACAGGUAAGCCAAUCAGAAACAUAUAUAACCAGUGCUUUUUUUCUUUAAAAAAAAAAAAAAGGUGCUGGAACUCAUACACAUCAUACAACCCGCCUUGCCUACCAUCCAAAAAAGGUGCCGGAACUCUGUUCUAGGCAUUUUAUGACAAAAAAAGCCCUGUAUAUAACAAUUCUGAUUAAGAUACUAAGUCAAACAGACCUAGGUUGGCAAUGAAUGAUCUGAAGGAAGAAAACUGAGCAAACACCCAGUGCUAACAAUUGUUGCAAUAGUUCUGCUUUACUUACACUGUCUUUUGAUUUGAGCCAUUUGGAAUCUUAUGCCAAAAUAUCUCAAGAGUCCUAAAAAUCUCUUGUGCUCAAGACUGCACAGAAUCUGGAGGCCAGGCCUAAAAACUAGGUACCGUGCAGUCUCACAGUUCACGUCCCGGAACCCCAUUGAGCCGGAGCUUGCAAUCAUUACGUUCACCUCUUAGAGGCACUGGAGUUGCAUCUUAGGGUUUCUCUCUCUUUUUUUUCCUCUCUCUCUCUCCUCAAAAACAAUAGAAAGUUGAUGAAAAAGUCACUUGAACGGGGUUCCCCACACGGGCGGGUUUUUUUUCUUCCCCUCCCUGGUUGUCUGAAUUCCAUCAAUCCACGAUCGGCCGCAAUAUCCUAGAAACAGAAUUUGGAAAGAGCUCCCAAGGAGGCCUGAAGGAAGGGUGCUGUACAUCAGCCAGGGACAACAUGGAAACUCUUGGUCCUCCACCCCCCUAUGAUGACAAGAGGUCUGGAGCUGAAGAUGAUAGAAGUUGCGAGAUGGAAGAAGGGGAUUUCCGAAUUGCCUAUUGGUUGGAAAAAAAUGUUAGGCAAGUCUUCAUUCGGAAGGUUUACAGCAUCAUCACCCUUCAGUUACUACUGACUGUGGCAAUUGUUGCCGUCUUCACUUUUGUGACUCCUGUGAGCGCUUUUGUGAUCAAUCACAUUCCAUUAUAUUAUGCAUCUUAUGGUAUAUUUUUGAUCUGUUACCUAGUGCUGGUGCUUUGUAAAAAGAUCCAGAGACGAUUUCCAUGGAACAUAAUCCUUAUGACAAUCUUCACAUUGGCUUUGGGAUUUAUGACAGGCACCAUUGCUAGCAUGCAUGAGACCAAAGCUGUAAUCCUUGCCAUGGUCAUCACUACAGUUAUAACAGUCACUGUCACUGUUUUCUCUUUCCAAACAAAGGUGGAUCUCACAACCUGGACUGGUUUUUUCUGUAUACUGGCGAUUGUCCUCUUUGUCACUUCUAUCACCACCACUGUUGUCCUGGUAUACAAAUAUAUCUAUUGGGUCCAUAUGCUUUAUUCAGCCAUUUGUGCCAUCAUCUUUACCCUGUUCCUUGCAUAUGAUACCCAGUUGCUCUUGGGGAAUAAGAGGUUUUCCAUCAGUCCUGAAGAUUACAUUUAUGGAGCAAUUCAAAUCUACGUAGAUGUCAUCUAUAUCUUCCUUUCUUUUUUAAGACUUGGAAGCAGACGUUAAGGGAAUUGGGGGGGGGGCUACUUAAGGAACAUGUUUACAGAAUAUUAGUAUCUUUGCCUUCCCCUAUAUGAAUCUGCUUUUGAAUAAUAUUAUCAUAACACAUACUUACAAAUUUCCAUAUUGCUUUUAUUUUACUAUACUGUGUGAAAGCUUUGUAUAUUGUACGGAAACUCAUGUAUUAAGUAUAUGGGCUGAACUCAAAGUUCAAUAAACUUAAGUCCCCUGAAAUAAUAAUUAUACUGUCAAUGUAUGUCCUAUGAGCUGCAUUUGGGGUUAAUUAGAUUUUCCAGGUUUAGGCCUAAGAUUUUCUGCACCAGCAUCCAUGCCAAAGCUCUGAUCUGUAACUAUUAAAAUUAGAGUAAUUCUUCAGUUAGCAUAAAGCAAUACAACUAGUAUAUUAAUGUAGCAUACAGCAUAUAGCCAAAAUGUUACUAUUUUUUCUUCAUAGUACAUCUACAUGUACUAUAAGGAGGCAUGUUCAUAGCUGUUCUUUUAUUAGAAUUCCUAAAUUAGACCAGAGGUUCCUGUAGGUUCCUGUAGAUGUCGCCAAAUUUGGUGACUUUAAGACUUGUGGACUUCAACUCCCAGAAUUCUUCAGCCAGCCAUAAAGACCACAAGUCUUAAAAGUUGCCAAGUUUGGAAACCACUUCUCUAGGUCAAGAUUCUGUUUUACACAGAGGUUUCUUGGAUGCUGUUACCUGUAAGAAUGUCAAAGAGACAGGGCUGCUGUUGUUUUUCAGUGGUCGAAAGAGACGAAUCCUCUAGUAAUAUUUUACUGUGCGUUUCUCGGAAGUUACUGCACGCUAUUAAAACAUUAUUUACAGCUUUUGCGUCACAGGUUGUGAGAGCCCUGUCUCACACACAAGGGGUAGAAGGUGAAUCUCCUAGAAAAUAGAUGAUGGCAGGAGUAACUUCUGAAGCAGACAACAUGAAGAUCCAGAGGGCUUCUGGAUUAACACCUCCAGUCUUCCAGCAUGCAGACUGUCAUUUGUUAUACUAGUAUUACAAAUAAAUUGUAUGUUUUUCAUA